AUAUAAUUUCUUUCUCCUCCUCAAAAUAUAUUCAAGGAAAGGAAGAAAACAUUUGUAAGAACAUCUUGGUAUAGAAGAAGAAGAAACCAUGGAGGAGACAUUUGUGCCGUUUCGCGGCAUUAAAAAUGAUCUUAGAGGAAGAUUGAUGUGUUACAAGCAAGAUUGGACCGGUGGAUUCAGAGCAGGAUUCAGGAUUCUGGCUCCCACCACAUAUAUUUUCUUUGCUUCCGCAAUUCCAGUCAUUUCAUUUGGCGAACAACUUGAGAGAAAUACAGAUGGAGUUCUGACUGCUGUUCAGACCUUGGCAUCCACGGCCCUCUGCGGGAUCAUUCACUCCAUCAUUGGAGGUCAGCCUCUUUUGAUUUUAGGAGUUGCAGAGCCGACAGUCAUUAUGUACACAUUCAUGUUUAACUUUGCUAAGGAAAGAUCAGAUUUGGGUCGGAACCUCUUCCUUGCCUGGACAGCAUGGGUCUGUGUAUGGACUGCAUUCCUGUUGUUCUUACUUGCUAUCUUGGGAGCUUGCUCUAUAAUCAACAGAUUUACCCGAGUUGCGGGAGAACUGUUUGGUCUGCUUAUUGCCAUGCUCUUCAUGCAACAAGCUAUCAAAGGCCUUGUGGGUGAGUUCCGCAUCCCUCAACGUGAAAACCGAAAUUUGACAGAAUUUCUACCUUCAUGGAGGUUUGCCAAUGGCAUGUUUGCUCUAGUUCUGUCAUUUGGACUUCUGUUCACUGCUUUGAAAAGCAGGAAAGCAAGGUCAUGGCGGUAUGGUUGUGGUUGGCUUAGGAGCUUUAUAGCAGACUAUGGGGUGCCAUUUUUGGUUCUGGUGUGGACAGCUGUGUCCUACAUACCGUCUGGAAGUAUUCCGAAGGGAAUCCCCCGCCGUCUCUUCAGCCCAAAUCCGUGGUCGCCUGGCGGUUAUGAGAAUUGGACAGUUGUUAAGGAGAUGCUAAAUGUUCCGGUGGUGUACAUAAUCGGAGCUUUCAUCCCGGCAGUAAUGAUAGCAGUGCUUUAUUACUUUGACCAUAGUGUAGCAUCACAGCUUGCUCAGCAGAAGGAGUUCAAUUUGAGAAAGCCAUCUUCUUACCAUUAUGACUUGCUCCUUCUGGGGUUCUUGACACUGUUAUGCGGCCUUAUUGGAAUCCCCCCUUCAAAUGGAGUCAUCCCACAAUCUCCUAUGCACACCAAAAGCCUGGCCACAUUAAAACACCAGUUGCUUCGUAAUCGACUUGUCACAACAGCACGCAAGGGCAUAAGAAGGAAUGCUAGCUUGGGGCAGUUGUAUGGAAAGAUGCAAGAAGCCUAUCAUCAAAUGCAGACUCCUCUAGCCUAUCAGGAGCCCUCACUUCGUGGGUUAAAUGAAUUGAAGGAAUCAACCAUUCAAGCAGCAACAUGUACAGGAAAUAUUGAUGCCCCUAUAGAUGAAACUUUGUUUGAUAUCGAGAAGGAGAUUGAUGAUCUGUUACCUGUUGAGGUAAAAGAGCAGAGGGUCAGUAACUUGCUUCAGGCAAUAAUGGUGGGAGGAUGUGUUGCAGCAAUGCCCCUUCUCAAGAAGAUCCCAACUUCAGUCCUCUGGGGCUACUUUGCUUUCAUGGCUAUUGAAAGCUUGCCAGGAAACCAAUUUUGGGAAAGAAUCCUAUUACUCUUCACAGCUCCAAGUAGAAGAUACAAAGUUCUAGAGGAGUACCACGCAACAUUUGUGGAGACUGUUCCAUUCAAGACAAUUGCAUUAUUCACAAUUUUCCAAACAAUUUAUUUGCUUAUCUGUUUUGGACUUACUUGGGUACCCAUUGCUGGGGUCAUGUUUCCUUUGAUGAUCAUGCUUUUGGUCCCUGUAAGACAAUACUGCCUGCCCAAGUUCUUCAAAGGGCCACACCUUCAAGACUUAGAUGCUGCUGAGUAUGAAGAGGCACCAGCUUUACCCUUUACUCUGGCAACGGAAACAGAGAUUGGAGCUGGAGCAUCCUAUGCAGGGGAUGGGGAGAUUUUAGAUGAAGUAAUCACUAGAAGCCGGGGUGAAUUCAGGCAUCCUUGUAGUCCAAAGAUCACAAGCUCCACUGCAACCCCACUAAAUGAUCCUAGACGCAGUACUGGAAGUCCGAGGAUGUCCUAUAGUCCUCGUGUUAGUGAAGUAAGAGGGGAAAGAAGUCCUAAAUCAAGUGGAAUAGGGCCUCAGAGUCCAAGAACAGGAGAAUCAAAACCAUCUCCCUUGGGAAAGAGUCAUCUUAGCCCAUCAUCAAAAUAGUGGAAAGUCUUAACUAAGUUUGAUUAUAAAUGUAUUGGUAUAAGUUGCUUCUUUUCCUUUGAGUGUGUUGGUUUGCUUGGAAUUUCUGUAAAUCCCCCAACUUUUUUCCUUAAGACUAAGAUUGUAACACCAUAUCUGAGCAGCUUUUCUAGCCACAAUUAUAUACUAGGUAUUGCUUAUGUUUUCAAGGAAAUCAGAUGUUAUAAGUUGCUGCACUACAGAUUAUUCUCUG